AUGUCAAAACAAACCAAGGCUCUUGGAGAAGAAGUGUGGAAAAAUCGUGUCGAAAAGAUCAACGCCGAACUUUUCACAUUAACGUAUGGCUCGAUCGUCGCACAACUCGUUAAAGAUCAUGAGGAUUAUCAGGAAGUGAAUAAACAAUUGGAUAAAAUGGGUUACAAUAUUGGAGUUCGAUUAAUCGAAGACUUUCUUGCCAGAUCAAGUUUGGGACGUUGCUCGGACUUUCGAGAAACAGCCGACGUAAUCUCAAAGGUUGGAUUCAAAAUCUUUUUAAACAUUACGCCUACUUUGACAAAUUGGUCUGCAAACGGAAAGGAAUUCUCGCUUAUAUUUGAUGAAAAUCCUCUAGCCGAAUUUGUGGAAUUGCCCGAUGAUGGAGCAUCUGAUGAGCUGUGGUAUUCGAAUAUAUUAUGUGGUGUUCAGAUGCAAGUUGACGUAAACUUUGUAAGCGACGUUUUACGAGGAGAUGAUCAAACUGAAAUGAAGGUGAAGCUUGUUAGGUAUCUCGAGGAAGAAGUCCCCGCUGGCGAAGAUUAG